AAGCCUCGCUAUGAGCCAUGAACAGCCACAAUGAAGAUGACCUGGGCGCCUCGGUGGAGCAUGUCUUCGACCAGUUCGUCACAGCGGUCACCUGCAAGUCGGUGCUGUCCAGUUUCCACCAGCUGCUGGACCUGACGGGGCUGCGCCAUGCUGACCACUCGCACUUCUACCAGUCGCUCAAGGCCAAGCUCAAGGGCUCGUGGAAGGCACAGUCGCUGUGGACCAAGCUAGACAAGAGGGCGUCGCAUCGAGACUACAAGCGGGGACAGGCAUGCAAGGAUAUACGGGUUCUGGUGAUAGGCUCUGGCCCAUGCGGCCUCCGCACGGCCAUCGAGUGCGCCCUGCUGGGGGCCAAGACGGUGCUGGUGGAGAAGAGGGACCGCUUCUCCCGGAACAACGUCCUUCACCUCUGGCCGUACCUCAUCACAGACCUCCGCAACCUGGGCGCCAAGAAGUUCUUCGGAAAAUUCUGCGCGGGUGCCAUUGAUCACAUCAGUAUCCGACAGCUCCAGUGUAUCCUGCUGAAGGUGGCGCUGCUGUUGGGUGUGGAGGUUCACGUCAACGUGUCCUUUGAUGGCCUGUUGGAACCUCCCGAGGACCAGAGCACUGGUUUUAAGCGCAAAGAGUUCCGAGGCAAGCUGGCGAUUGCGAUCACGGCCAACUUCAUCAACCGCAACACCCAGGCGGAGGCUCGCGUGGAGGAGAUCAGCGGCGUGGCCUUCAUCUUCAACCAGAAGUUCUUCCUGGACCUCAAGGAGAGCACGCGCAUUGACCUUGAGAACAUCGUGUACUACAAGGACGACACCCACUACUUCGUCAUGACAGCUAAGAAGGCCAGUCUGCUGGAGAAAGGCGUGCUCAAGGAGGAUUUCUCGGACACAGUGGCCCUGCUGGACCGCUCCAACGUGAACCAGGAGGCCCUGAUGGGCUUUGCCCGAGAGGCGGCCAACUUCUCCACCAAUCAGCAGCUGCCGACCUUGGACUAUGCGGUGAACCACUAUGGGCAGGCCGACGUGGCUAUGUUUGACUUCACCUCCAUGUUUGCCGCGGAGAAUGCUUCCAGAUUUAUCUUGAAAAACGGUCAUCACCUGCUCAUGAGCCUUGUCGGAGACAGUCUGUUAGAGCCCUUCUGGCCCACGGGCUCUGGGUGUGCGCGGGGUUUCCUGGGCGCCUUUGACACGGCGUGGAUGAUCCGCAGCUGGGCUCUGGGUCGGUCGCCCCCGCAGGUGCUGGCGGAGAGAGAGAGCGUCUACACCGUCCUGUCGCAGACCACACCCAACUACCUGCACAAGAACCACAGCCAGUACAGCAUCGACCCAAACACCAGGUACCCGAACCUGAACACCAAGUGCGUGAAGCCCCAUCAGGUGGCCCAUCUGUACGAGGGCGGGGUCGUGGAGAAGGAGGAGGAGGAGGACACGGCCGUCGUUCCCUCCAAGAAACCCAGAAAUGUGGAGCCGAGCAUCGACAGCUACAGCCUGCUGCGCUGGUGCCAGCGCGUGCUCAACACGGGCAAGUACCGCGACGUACACGUGGUGGACUUCACUUCUUCCUGGCGUAGCGGCCUAGCCCUGUGUGCUCUCAUCCACUCCUUCCAGCCCUCCAUCAUUGACAAUAGCAUGCUGAUGGAGUUUGACAUUGUGGCCAACAACAGACUGGCGUUCAGCGUCGCGGAGCGUGAGCUGGGAAUCCCGCCGGUGAUGUCAGGAGAGGACAUGGCGCGGCACGAACUGCCCGACAAACUGACCAUGAUCUCCUACCUGUCCCAGUUCUACGAGGUCUUCAAACACCAGCCUUUGCCAUCUUCAAUACCACCGCCCGUCAAAGCCAAGAGGAAGAGUGUAGCCCGGGACCAGAACCCCAAGUCCCCACGUUCUCCCAACAGAAGGAUCUCCUUCCUGCAGAAGCUCAGCGCCAAACUGGCGAAGUCCAAGAAACGCAAGGAGCAGGAGGAGGGGGAGGAGAGGACAUCGCUGACCAGCAAAAAGCUGAAGGAGAGACAGGAGGUCAUUCAGAAAGGAGAGGUGGAGUUGAUGCGCUACAACAAACUGCCCAUGGAGGAGAUUGCCAACCGGCUGCAGCUUGACCGCAAGGGGUCGGAGCCGAGCAAAGCCAAGGGCGGCAAGGCCAGUGAAGACAUGAUGGGAGCAGUCAGUGUGACGGCCAUGGCUGACCUCCUGGUGGCAAAGUUCAAGAGCUAUCAGGACCAGCCCCCGCCGGAACCCAUACGCAAAGUGAGGGGUCAGCCUGCCCUAUUAGCAGCGUCGUCUGCGAGUGAGUUCUGCAGCUUCUGCCACAAGCGCGUGUACAUCGUGGAGCGUAUGAGCGCGGAGGGCGAGUUCUUCCACCGCAGCUGCUUCCGCUGUGACUACUGCGGCGUGGGCCUGCGACUCUCCAACUACGCCUGCGACAGAGACGUGGUGCCAGUCAAGUUUUACUGCUACAGACACGCCCUGCAGGAGCAGCGGCCCAGACUCCAGAGAAAGAGAGGCUUUGAGGAGGAGCUCAAGGAAAACAUCCCAGAGACAGUGGUCACUCCUGCCCCAGAUGUGGACACUGGUCAAGCCUCAAAGGAAAAGUCUCCCAGAAAGACAGCCCCGUCGCACCUGACGCCCCUGCAGGUGCCCAAGGACGUGACGGACCGGCCCAAGAAGACGCCCGAGCGUGUGGAGUUUGAGAUCUCGUUUGAUGGGCAGGAGGAGGAGUCGGAGGAGGAGCAGUUCGAGCACAACCUCCGCGCCUCGCUUUCCUCAGACACGCUGCUGGACGACGACGACGAUGAUGACUCCGACUCGGACUACGAUGGCUCCGACCUUGACGACUUUGAUGCACUGUCAGAGUCGGAGAUCGCCAGAAUUCUGGACGAAUGGUCGGGCGCAGAGGAUGAGGUGUGGGAGAACGCGGUGGAGUCGCUCAACACGCCAGGCAGUCCGCUCACCCUGGAGGAAGCUUGCCAGCUGGUGGGUACCUGGCGACGCCAGCACUCGCAGGAGGACCUGCUGGAAGCUGUGGACAACGAGGACCGCACGCCAUCACGGGGUCAAGGAUACACGCGACUACUGGGAGACGAUGCCGCGAGAGAUGAGGGCUCGUCUACUGAGGUGGAGGAUGAUGGAGCAGACUCGGAUGAGGAGACAGAUGACAGUUCUGAGAGUGAGGACAGUGACGAGGACAAGACAGAGCCAGCAUUGGGCGUGUCCCCGGAGGACAUAACAGAGGACUCGCGGACACCCUCCAGCCCCAUGGCGCGACUCUCCGCCAGCAAGGCCAGUUUCUUCUCGGAGCCGCCCACCGUGGUUAGCCUUGACCCCUGGAGCAUGUUCGGGAUCGGCAAGAAGGCGGCCGGGGCGGCAGAGGAGCGGAAGAAGUCGGUGGACACUCUGUCGUCCGGGAGUCGGCGCUCGAAGAAAAAGUCGGAAGAUAGCCGGAAAGAGGACAUGUCCUCGAAGGAUACGGACGCCUCGGAGAGCUUGGAGCUUGACUUGAAGAGUUCGGAGAGUGUGCUGGAGAGAGACCGCGGUGCGGGGUCCUUGGACGAGUUGAGGGAAGAUUUGGAGUCAGAGUUGUUGGAAGAAGAGCUGACCGGGGAUAGAAACAGACGGAGCAAAAGUGUGGAUAGUGUUGAGUCGGGGAAAGUAGGAGGCAGGGAGUCGAGCUCUCAGCUCAAAAUGGUCAAAGUGGAAAGCGAGGACUUGAUGGAUGAAGAGGAGGAGGGAGGAGACGACCGGGAUAAAGGGAGUGAUGGGGAUGAUGAGAGGGAUGAGAAGGGCGAGGAAGAGGAGGAGGAUGAGUUGAUGGAGAAGACUGCGGUCAGCCGUGCCAUGGAGCAGUUGCUUCUGGACAUUGACCACAAAAGUUUCUCCAAAGAUUCCUCCACCGAACCUGCGGGCGCUGACACGUCUGACUCUGGAGACAACGAGGCGUACAUCGAGGGCCGGCACAGUCCCAGCGCCAGCAAGACCCGCAAGUUCCGCAUGAAGCGAGCGGCCCGCAGGUCCAACGGUCGGAGGCGGUCCAGCAGCCUGAUGACCACCAGCGAGAGCGAGGCCGGCCGCACAGAGCCCACCACCACCGAUAACUCCCGCCCCCAGUCUUCCAUGUCUCGCAGUCCCAGCGCUGACAUCGAUGACACGAGGUUAAAGGUGAAAGAAGCCUCGCCGCCUGGUUCUGUCGAUAGGGAAGGGGCGAAGAAGGAACCUUCUCCACUGGGUCGGUUACAGAUGAAUAAACAGGAAGAUCUAGAGCAGCAGUUGUCGUCUGUGAAAGAGGUUUCUGCUGGGGAAGAAAGUCGGAGAUCAGCCACGAAGGAGGAGGACGAAGAUGAGGCGCAAACUCCUCAGAAAUCUUUAGGUGUGACGAAAGUUAUCGAUGCUGCCGCUAGUGCCAGCGUAGGGAAGGGAAGUGGCUCCCUCGCUCCAGCUUGCCUGGCUGAACCGGAGGUCUCUGACCUUGACACAAUGCCGACGAACGGCGACACAGACACCCUGCAGCAGGUGUUGGAGAGUAUAGCGGCCAUGCCAGACUUGUCCGACAACUCUGACAUUGACGAACUGGUCCUAAAAAAUGUGGACGAACGGUUCGUCACUGACCGCCGGUCAAGGAGGAAGAAGAAGAAAGCCACACCACCAACUGUCAAGAAAGGAGGUAAGAAAGUGGUCAAACCUGGUGAUUCGGAGUUCAACUCGAGCUUUUCCAUCUCGACCCCAAGCGGAUCGGAGUUGUCCGUGAGCUCGGUGGAAGUGGACGAGUUUGCCGGCAAAAUUCUGGAUGUGGAGCCGGGUGACGACGACAUGAAGCCAGAUGCUGAAAUGCUUCGAGACUACCAGACCACUAUGAGUUUGGUGUUGGGGGAGUCGUAUUCCGAUGACCAGGGUGACCAUGAGGAUCAGGGUGAAGGCGUUUCUGCUGCAGUGACGGAAGACAAUGACCUCCAAGUGGAUAAAAUCGACGACCUUCACUUUGACAAACCGUCGGUUGAAGCGGCCCCUGUCGCGGAGAGUGAGAGUAGUGAGGUGAGUCGACGUGAAGGUCACUCCUCUAUCACCACCGACAGCAGUAGUUUCUACGCUACGCCCGACGCCAGCGUCAACGAGAGUGGCAGUCAGCAACCGCCAGCUCCCCUGGCCUCCGCUUCUAGUCCCGUCGUCACCCGGAGGCCCCUGCCCCUCCCGCGCCAAAAGACAGACACCCCCCAACAGCCCAAGCCCGUGGCCUCGUCUUCCCCUGCCUCUCCGUUGGUCAACUCCACGUGGAACAAGGAGCCCAGCCCCACCCCCACCCCGCGCUCGCCCCUGUCCCUAAAUACUCCGUCGCGGAAUGACCAGAGGGAGUCCUCUGGCAGCGAGAUCUUCCUCUCUCCAGUGGAGAGCUUCCCCGAGUCGCCGCUGGCAAAGAACGUGUCUGCACACGCGACAGACAAACGGGCAGCAGCUGCACCGCGGUCUGCCUCAAAACCAACCACAACCACAACAGCAUCGGACAAAAAACUGUUAGUGUCCCCGCGAGCCAAAGACUCUUCUCCUUCCGGAACGAAAUCUCCGCGAAAACUGCCAGAACUUCCCAAACUGAACGUCCCGUCUCGACAAACGCCUGUUCCGUCAGGUCGCACCGUGGACCCACCAGCCAUGUGUUCAUCGCCCAAACCAGCCAGCAGAGGCGUCGUGGCUGGGCCUCAGUCUGUCUCACAGCAGCAGACGCGUGUCAGUCGCGCCCUUCCCCAGCCCAGCAACUUGUCCAAACUUCCCCUCACAAAGUCAGGAACCCCCGCCUCCUCCUCCAUAGCCUCCACAAAACCCGGUCUGAACUCCACGUUCGCCAAACCCAUCACUCCCCCGGUGUUUCGACCGCCAGGCAAAACCGUGGUCCCGCUGGACAAAUCCAAACUCAGGCUUGGCUCCUCCACAGAAUGUACAGACUCGGACUUGGAGCCAGAGGGAAAGAAAAAGAUCUCGACGGAAGGUAUUGUCAUCGGGAAUGUUCUGGAGGACAUUCCUUUUGCUGAUGAAAGCGAGGCGGAAGAGAAGUUCUACACGCCGCACGAUCCGGGGAAACAGGAGAGGCCUGUGUUUCCGGGUAUGCUCCAUGCCGACGCCGCGGCCAAGAAACGUCUGCUGCCCAGUCCGCCCGCUGCGGAGAAGGCGGAGCCAGCUGUCCUCAGUGCCGAGCAGAUCCGAGAAAUUCGGAACGCCGACAGAGAAAAAGCCAAGCUGCAGGCCCGGGAGCGCGCGCGGUUGAAGAGUGACGAAGAGCUGGGUCUGUCCACCCCGACUAGCCCGAGUCACCACACAACCCCGAUCAAACCACGCCACCUCCGGUCGGCGGCCGUUCGUGAGGCGGAGCGAGGUCACCGCAGUUCCUCGUACGACACGCCCAGCACCAGCGAUGUGGUCAGCGACAGCGGGGAUGACCGGAUCUCCUCCGUCCCGUCCCUCACCUCCAGCGCCACGGAGGGAGAACCCCCACAAAAGGCGGCCGGGAAGAAAGGCAAGAAGAAGGUCAAGACGCCCAAGACGCCCAAAACCCCCAAAGAAAAGAAAGCCAAAGACUCCAAGGAGAAAGAUUCCGACGACGUGGAAAAGAAGGAUAAGCGUAAGUCGUUGCUGGCGCUGAUUCUCCCGACCAAAGCUCCUGAGAAAGGUCACAGGGCCACCACCGACUCCGACAACACGCCCAAAGGAAGCGACGACAACUCCAAGAGCAAAAAGAAAAGCAAAAUUCCCAAAGCGAAUAAGAAGAAGGAGAAGAAGGGCAAAGAUAAAGUUGACGCCAGACAGGACUUUGACAGAACGCCGACGGCAGAAGGCAGGCGAGACCUGGCGAUCUGCUCCGUGUUCCACUCGGAGGCGUCCAAUCGGCAGUCUCAGCCGCUGGCAGGUGGCAGCGCAGUCAGACGGACGGUGCCUCUCGCUCCCAAAGCCAGCGGAGACGAGCUGUCCGAUUCCGAUGAAAGCCAUAUUUCUAUUUCCACUAUGCAGAGAAGACGGGAGGAGGAUCUGGACGAGCGAGUGGCGCGUCGUCUCCGUCGGCUGCAGCUGAAGCAGCAGAGGCAGGCUGAGCAGAAGAGGCUGAGGAUGGCGCAGGAGAUCCAGAGACAGCUGGAGGAGGUGGAAGUCAGGCAGAGAGAGCUGGAGGAGAGGGGAAUCACUGUGGAGAAAGCUUUACGGGGGGACGGGGCAGAUGAGGACGUGGACGAGAGUCAGCUGAUGAGCGAGUGGUUCACGCUGGUGCACGAGAAGAACGCUCUACUCCGCUACGAGUCGGAGCUCAAUGUUAGGGCCAAAGAACUGGAGCUGGAGGAUAGACAGGCCAGACUGGAGCUGGACUUCAGGGAGCGCUCACGACAACCAGACAAAUCAGGUGUCGGAAUCCGCAGACCAAUCAAGUCGAAGAAGUCGGAGGUGGACAUAGCAGCAGAGGGUCAGCUGUUGGAGGAAUUGUUGGAUGUUGUGGAGCAACGGAACACGCUAGUGGCCAUGUUGGAGGAGGAUAGACUAAGAGAGCAAAAGGAGGACAACGAGCUCAAGGACAUGAUGCUACAGAAAGGCUUCGUCCUCUCCCCUCUCAGCUAUGACACGCGCCGGGAACGACAGAAGAUCGAAGCCCCUCUGGCCUCCGUGGCGUUAUGAUAACAACUUCGGGCGUCUAGGAAGGAACUUAGUCAGUGUUUUUUGUAUGCUGUGAUUUUGUUGUUCUCUUCGAUAUCUCUGUCUGUGACCUCUCAUGGGAGGGAGUGUGUCUGGUGUUUGUGAUGUAGUGAAAGAUGAACGUUUUCUCGAUGAUGGAGCAGGGAAGUAUUUUAUAAUGAUAGAUAAUAGAUAGCAUUUGUAGAUAAUAGAUAGCAUUUGUACAGCGCAAAUCCCCGCUCAACAGCAAGUU